GAUGGCUUUAACAGAUGGCUUUUAGCAGGGGAUUUUAAUUCAGUUUGAAAUUUGGCAGAAAAAAGGGGUUGAAUGGGAGAAACUCAUGAUAUGGAUGAUUUUAAUCAAUUUGUUGAAGGUAAUGGGUUAAUUGAUGUCAGCUUGUUGAAUAGGAAGUUUACAUGGUACACGACUGAUGGAACUUCCAUGAGUAGUCUUGAUAGAUUUUUGUUGUCUACAUAGAUGAGUUUAUUGAGCACUGAGUGGAUUCAAGUUGGAGUUAGAAGGUCAAUUUCAGAUCACUGUGCACUUAUUUUGAACUCAAGAAAUACAUAUUAGGGUCCAAAACCUUUUCGAGCAAUUGAUGCAUGGCACCAACACUCAGAUUUUCAUGGUUUUGUGGAGGAUAGAUGGAGAGAGAUGCAAAUUGAAGGCUGGGCGGGUUACAAAUGUCAACAGAAAUUGAAGUUAUUAAAGGAGGAUCUUAAAAGAUGGAAUAAGGGGGUUUCUGGUAAUGUGGAGGCUCAGGUUGAUAAAUUGUCGAAGCAGAUUGAAAUGUUGGACAAAAAAAGUGAGGAGGUAGAGUUGAAUGAGACUGAGUUGACAAUUAGAAGAGAAUGUUUUCAGGAGAUGUGGGAUAUUUUGAGGAAGAGGGAAGCAGUAUGGAAACAAAAAUCAAGGAAUACUUGGGUUUGUCUUGGGGAUGCUAAUACCCAUUUCUUUCAUAGGAGUGUUCAGGCUAGGAGAGCACAGAAUACAAUAUCAGAUGUCUUAGAAGGUGGGUGGAUUGAAAAGCCAGAGUUGGUUAAAAUGGAGGCUGUACGGUAUUUCAGUGAAUUGUUUCAAAAGGAUCAGUGGAACCGUCCAUUAAUGGGGGGAUUCAGUUAAACAGAAUAUCAGUGCAAAAACGGGAGUAGCUGGAAAGGCCUUUUUCCAUUGUAGAAAUAGAAGAUGGUCUCAAGAGUUGUGAUGAGUCAAAGGCACAAUGUCCGGAUGAUUUUAAUUUUAAUUUUAUAAAGUUUAUAUGGCACACUUUGAAGAAUGAUUUUGUGGUUUUUUUAAAGGACUUUCAUCAGUAUGGAAGGUUAGUGUGUGGUUUAAAUUCUUCAUUUUUAACAUUAAUAUCGAAGAAAUUAAAUCCUAUACAUUUCAAGGAGUAUCAACCUAUUUGUUUGAUUGGGUGUUUGUAUAAACUAUUGGCUAAAGUAUUGGCCAAUGAAUUGAAGACUGUAAUGGCAAAUUUAAUUAGUGAUUCACAAUCAGCUUUCGUUGGGGGUCGGUAAUUGGUUAAUAGUGUACUGUUGUUGAAUGAGAUUGUGGAUGAUGUGAAACGGAGGAAACAAUAGAAUUUUAUUUUUAAGGCUGAUUUUGAGAAGGCAUAUGAUUGUGUGGAUUGGUCUUUCCUUGAUUGGAUGAUGGACAGAAUGGGGUUUGGGGUAAAGUGGAGGAAGUGGAAGUGGAUCCAUGAUAAAUCUCAACAAUUGAAAGUAAAGAGAUGAAUGGUUGAGAUUUUAUAUAAGUAUGAUGUGUAAAUUUUGUAUAUAAGUGGAUUCCUUCUCACAUUUAUAUCUACUUACACUUGCACAUUAUAUUUGUUAAGGAAACACAGGAUACUACCUCUUCAAUCAUGGCUCAAUCACAUAGGCUAUCAAUUCUCAAUGAUUCUCUACAUUAUGUGUAUUUACGUUUUAUUAGUUUCUUCCGUAAGAGUUAAAUAGGCCAACAUUAGGAGUCACUUGUAUAUAUAUAUGUAAGCUCGAUCAAUAAUCAAAUUGUCUCUUC